AAUGAUUUAGUAUUAGUAUCUUAAUACUAGUUUUAGCAUUUUAAAACAUUAUUCAGUUUCUCUCCAAAAUGUUCUGUGCUCGGUUUAAGAACUGAGAUACAUUGAUGAUGCAGUGGUGGUAAUCUUUCAGCACAAGACACAGCAGAUGUCCAGAAGACAUCUAGGUUUUCAUUCUCUUAUCCAUGCCUUUCUAAUAGCUGGCCCUUUAAAUUUGCAAGAAAACCAGCUGCGGCCCAAAGGUGACCAUUUUGUAUCUGACUUCUGCAUGCUGCAACUGUCUUCCCAACAGCUGGAAGAGCACAGUUUAAAGUAGUAAUCAAAGCACUUUCCCCAAAUGAGAUUAUCCACAUGCAUGUCCCUAACCCCUUGGAUAGGAACAAUGGAUCAUUUCUCAUGCAGUAUUGCAUGUAUGCAAGUGUCAAUGAAGGAUUAAAGAUUGAAAUACUGUAUGGUGAUAAACACGUAGCUCAAUCUCCUUAUAUUUUGAAAGGGCCAGUUUAUCAUGAGUAUUGUGACUGUCCAGAAGGAGAUCCUUAAACCUGGCAGAAUAUUCUGUCAUGUCCAUCCCAGGAGCCACAGGUUACUAAGGACUUCACUCCAUUUCCCACCAUUGACCUUCAGCGGAUGCUAGAAGUCCCAACAAGAUUUGGGAAAGCGAGAGGUGCUAUUGUUCACUUCACCAUUCCCAGUAAUCACAUUUACUAUCAUUCCUUAGGAAAGUACACAGACUUCAAAAUGGUCUCCAAUGAAAUAUUACUCUCAUUGGCAAGAAAGGUUCAUCUCCCUGAUGUAGAGUUUUAUCUUAAUGUCGGAGAUUAGCCAGUUGAGCAUCGAAAAGCUAACAACACGCCUGGUCCUCCUAUAAUUUCAUGGUGUGGCUCUCUGGAUUCAAGGGAAGUCGUCCUUCCAACAUAUGAUAUAACCCAUUCAACACUUGAAACCCUACGCAGAGUUACAACUGAUCUCUCUGUUCAAGGAAACACAGGCCCUUUUUGGAAAAACAAAACUGAACGAGCUUUAUUCAGAGGUCGAGACAGUCGAGAGGAACGUCUAAAACUGGUGAAUUUAUCUAAGGAGCAUCCAGAACUACUAGAUGCUGGAAUAACAGGAUAUUUCUUCUUCCAAGAAAAGGAGAAAGAGCUGGGAAAGGCUCAGGUGAUGGGAUUCUGUGAUUUCUUUAAGUAGAAGUAUCAGGUGAAUGCAGAUGGCAUGGUAGCAGCUUACAGAUUUCCAUACCUCUUGUUGGGUGAUAGCCUAGUACUGAAGCAAGACUCUCAAUACUAUGAGCACUUCUAUAUUGCAUUAGAACCAUGGAAACAUUAUGUUCCAGUUAAAGAAGACUUAGAGGACUUGCUAGAAAAAAUAAAAUGGGCUAAGGAAAAUGAUGAAGAAGCUAGAAAAAUUGCUGAAGAAGGACAGUUACUUGCAAGAGAAUUAUUGCAGCCUCACAGACGUUAUUGCUACCAUUACAGCGUGUUCCAGAAAUAUGCCAAACGCCAAGCCAGCAAACCUGAAAUACAGGAUGGAAUGGAGCUUGUUGCUCACCCUGAUGACAGAGACUCCGUGUGCAACUACCACCGGAAAAAGCCUCCAAGGGAAGAUCUGUAACAGUACCAGGUGGAGAAAAAAAACAAAAAACACACACACAUCUGCCUUGUGAUGCAGAAGUUUAAAUAAUAAAAAAAAAAGCUGUGAAAUUCAGGACAUACUUGUGCAGUGGGAAAGCAUUAUUGGUUAAGUAUUCUUAUUGUAUUUAUAUGUCUCUUUUUUUUUUUUAACUCUGGCUAUACUAGCUACGGAAAUCUUUCCAAAGUUAAAUGCUCCUUUAGAAGAAUGUGCACUAAAAACACCAAAACAGAAUACAUUAGGAUUAGGAUUUCUCCUUCAGCUCAUCUGCUUUACAUCACUGAAGUCUUUUUGCAGAUAAACUUAAAUUAAUUUACCAGAGUAUUAAGAUGAUUACUGUGGGUACAAUAUAUUUGUGGAACUACAGAUGGAAAAUUAAUAAUUUUACCAUACAAUUUACGAAUCUGAUAUUGCUAUCACAUGGUCA